GAUCUAAAAUUAGAUAAUCUUCUUCUGGAUAUGCACGGCUAUGUAAAGAUGACAGAUUUCGGUUUAUGCAAAGAAGGUAUGGGCCCAGAAGAUCGGACGUCGACAUUCUGUGGAACACCUGAAUUUCUUGCGCCAGAGGUAUUGACUGAUCCUUCAUAUACUCGGGCCGUCGAUUGGUGGGGCCUUGGUGUUCUCAUAUUCGAGAUGUUGGUCGGCGAGAUUCGAAAGCUUUGA